AUUUUAUCCAAUUGAGGUGGAAAUUUUUAGAUAUUGCAAAAAUGUCAGCUAGCUUUAUUUCGAACAAUAACAAUGAAAAAGAAUCAGAUAACAGUGACACAAUUGUUCGAUAUUCGUCAAGGGGCAUGAGUGAGGAUUCUGAAUGUGAACUACUGAGAAAGUUUUCAACAGAUGGGAAUGCAGAUGGCGAUGUGUUUUUCGAAGGAUUCGAUCCACGAACCAGUGGUGAUUCGGCUACUGGAUUGCUGGUCAGCUCAGGUGGUGAUGUUGAAAGUUUGCGAGAAAAAGAAAGAGAACAAUGGGAUAAGAAAAUUGAUUACAUUUUAUCCAUGGUCGGAUUUGCUGUUGAUCUUGCAAACGUGUGGCGAUUUCCAUAUUUAUGUUACAAGAAUGGAGGAGGAAUAUUUCUCAUCCCGUACACGAUAUUUCUAUUGCUGGCAGGAAUUCCUUUGUUUUUCAUGGAGCUUGGACUUGGGCAGUUCAAUAAACAAGGGCCAGUCACAAUAUGGAAAAUUUGCCCACUUUUCAAAGGAAUCGGAUACGCCAUGAUGCUGAUAACAUUGUACGUUAUGUUUUAUUAUACGUGCAUAAUAGCCUGGUCAGUAUAUUUCAUAGCUCGGUCGUUGACGAGUUUUUUACCUUGGACCUGUUGUGGUAAUGCUUGGAAUACAGCAAACUGUCGUGAACAACUUGGGAAUAUUACAACUAAUCCAAUUUGCGAUGAAAGAAGAAAUGCUUCAUUACUUAACAGUACUUUUGUGCAACCAAACUUAACACGGGAAGUUGAUGAAACCGAUAUAUUUAAGCAUACACCUGCUUCAGAAUUUUACUAUCGCGAAGUUCUACACGUUCAUGAAAGCAGAGGAAUCGAUGAUUUGGGAGUUCCAAGAUGGGAAUUGGCAAUUUGCCUAUUUAUUGUAGUAUUCUUACUGUUUGCUGUCAUUGCCCGCGGUGUACGAACAUCAGGGAAAGUUGUGUGGGUGACUGCAACAAUGCCGUACAUUGUUUUAUUCAUAUUGAUGAUCCGAGCAGUUACGUUACCUGGUGCAACAUUAGGAAUUCAGUAUUAUUUGAGUCCAAAUAUUACAAGACUCGGUGAUGUGGAGGUUUGGACUGAUGCUGCCACACAAAUAUUCUAUUCCCUUGGAGUUGGAUUUGGAGUCCACAUGACAUUUGCAAGCUAUAACCGUUUUGACAACAAUAUCAGAUUUGAUGCAAUCGUGACGUCGCUUAUCAAUUGUUGUACAAGUUUUUUGUCCGGUUUCAUGAUUUUCUCAGUUCUGGGAUAUAUGGCGGUGAAAAACAACGUGGAUAUUGAUAAAGUUGCCACAGACGGUCCUGGACUGGUAUUCGUUGUAUAUCCUGAAGUCAUUUCGCAAAUUCCUGGAGCACCGUUCUGGUCAUUUGUCUUCUUUGUCAUGUUGCUAACGUUGGGAAUUGACAGUGCGAUGGGAGCAAUGGAAGCUCUAGUCACCGGUAUAAGCGAUGACAUCAUGUUCGUCAAAAGGCAUAGAAUAUUUUUUGUUGCCGGAUUGAAUAUUUUCGUCUACUUUCUUGCAUUCUUGAACAUAACAAAUGGUGGAAUCUACAUUUUAACUCUCCUGGACACUCAUUCUGCUGGAACAUCUCUUCUGUUUUGUGUCUUCUUGGAAAGUACCGUUGUUGCGUGGGUUUACGGCGUUGAUCGAUUUUCUGAAGACAUUGAACAGAUGCUGGGAUAUAUACCAAACGUUUUAUGGAGAGUGUGUUGGAAAUUCAUUAGUCCGGCAUUUUUGUUGUUCAUCGUCAUCAUGAGCAUAGCGAACUAUUCAUCUAUGGAAUAUGGUUCGUAUAAGUUUCCUUCUUGGGCAGACACAGUUGGAUGGUUAAUCGCGGGAUCGUCGAUGAUUUUGGUACCAUGUGUUGCCAUUUAUAAACUCAGUGUUCUUCCAGGAAACUUCAAACAGAAAUUGGCACUUUCAGUUUCUCCGGAACAAGAUCACAAAUCAAUUAUAGAGGGUCGACUUACAGUCAAGCAAUCCCAGCUGAAGCAUUGGACAGCAAUAUGAAAAAAUGAAAUAGGGCGUUGAUUUUGAAAUUUUUGUCAAUAUAUUUUAUUCCUGUUACAACUUUCUACUUAUGUACAGCAUAUUGAACUGAAAGUAUAAAUAAGUUCAUGACGAUAUAUUGCAUGUUCUGUUUAUAGUUGUAAAUAUUUUUACAAUUUCUAUUUACUUCUCAAUAGUUCACAUUACAACUGGUUGUGGCAAAAUAGUUAGCGCAAGAUAUUCUAACGGUAUGUUUUGAUUGUUUAAUAUUGAUUGUUUUUCGACUGGACUUUGAUGUGAAUACAUUCUUGGUAUGUUCCCACUGAGUAAAGAAAGUAAAAAAUUCAGAUACCUAUUAUAGAAAGGAGAAUCCAUGCAGUAAAUCGAUUUUUCGGGGUAA